AGUCAGCAAAGAAGACACAAUGCACCGAGGAUAUAUUAGUUUAGCACGAUACAUGUUUGCAAGCAUGGUAUUAUUAUCCACAAUCAGCCUGUCGGGUGGUUUCAGUGCAGGGCAAGCACUAAUGCUCAAUCCCGAUGUGCUCCAGAUGCUGAUGAACGGUGGUUUCGAUAUACGACAACCGGCGCGAAUUUUCCUACCUCCAAAGUACUAUUCUUCGGGUUUGUACGAUACUGGCCACCGCAGCCCGGAGGAGAUUUUUCGCACCAAUAUUGAGCUUAUGAUGGAAGCCGUUUACGAUGACAGCCUUCUCAACCAAAGCCCAUCAACAGCAUCAUUAUCGCAAGCCGCGCUGGCAACCGCAACGACAUCGGGCGGAGCAUUCAAUCGGCCCAACUCAAUUUCGUAUUCCGAUGGUGGCACAGGAAAUCGCAAUAAAGGAAGUGGAGCAUUGAAGAAAAAUACUGUAACAAAUUUCAAAUCGUCCUUGUCGUUAGCACCCUCUGCUUCAGCUUCAAGAAAGACGAUUGCUUCGUCAAUCGUUCGAGAUCAGACCCGAAGCGGUGUGUCACAAAUCGUCUCUCCUCUUGGUGGAAGCACUGGUGGCAACAGUAGACAGAGCUUUGACAGAAGUCGGGAUGCCACCGUCGACUACAAUCUUCGAUCGGCGCUUCCUGGUGAACCAGAUGUCGAUUAUCCAAUUCUGGGGCGUAUUCCGGAAACAAGCUUCAAAUGUCACCAGCGUCGUGACGGAUAUUAUGCUGACGUGGAAGCACGCUGCCAGGUGUUUCGAGUAUGUGCCAAUACCGAUGAUUCUGGAUCCGGUUUUGCCUUCCUUUGUCCUAAUGGUACUCUGUUCAAUCAAAAAUACUUUGUUUGCGAUUGGUACAUGAAUGUUCGAUGCGAGGAAAGCGAAAAUUUUUACAGCAAGAACGAGGAACUAGGUAAAAACACAGCUGACUUUGGCAAAAUGAUGGGAGCAGUAAUGUCAAUGGUUAGCUUUCCGAUGAUGUCCUCGAUGAUGUCUGAUGGCGCAAUCCGCGAUGUGAAACCGAGUUCACUUAACAACGAGAUCCUAGCGAAUAGGAAACAUGGUCACGACUUUAGUACGGGAGACUUUGUAGAUCAAAAUCUUCCAGUAUAUCGCAUAAACAGCAAUAUGGUACAACCGGGUGGUGCGAAGAGCGACGUUUUUCAAUCAAAAUUCAAUAAGGAGAGUAGUUUCCAACAUCAUACGGGCAAAGACGUGCCACAUCCAUCGAAGCAAGUAUAUGUUUCAAGUUUGGGAACACUUUCUACCGACCCACAGUCAGGGUUCGACCCAAGGAAAUCGUCCUUCCUCGUACCACCAGGUGGUGCACAACUGCUACCACCAAGAUUGACGAGUGGAUGGAAAGCAUCAUCGGUGAACCAACAGCACUAUAACGAAGAGGCCAUUUCUGCACCACCAAUGCCAAAAGUUGAGUUCGAGCUGUUGAUGGGCAAACUGUUAAAAUCCUGGACCGAUAUGGGAUUUGCAAAGGCCCCAGCACCACGCCUCCAACCGAAACAAGUCUUUCUUCCACCAUCAGGCGUUUUACCACCAUCACCGGUACCAUUUGGGUCGAUUAGGCGAUGGGCAGUCACCGGAAAAUCUCAAAUUGCUCAAGCCCCUCCAGCACCGCGUAAUCCAAAUCCUGCCACGGUUCAAAACGUGAUCCGAGUGAAUAAAGUAUCCGUAGCGCCACAAAGUUAUCGCCAGCCAAGCUAUGUUUCUGUCCCGCAAACUGGUUAUUUUAUUCCGCAAUCUGUUGCACCGAGAUUCAUUGUGGCAAGCCGUCCACCCGUAAAUCCAUCACCAGCUCAGAUUUCACGAAGGAAUGACGUCUUAGUUCAAAGAAUUCUACCACCAACACCAGCGGCUGUUGGGCGAGAAGUUGGGUACGACAUAGAAAUCGUUCCCUCUAAAGGAUAUUAUUUGAAUAAUGAGCAAGAGAGAAAAUCAUAUUUUCAUGCGCUACAGAAACGACUUCCAGGAUUGGAAAAUGGUUCGUAUUACAACAGUGGCGUUUCAUCAUACAACGUUCCGAUCAGUAGUAUAGGACCAUUCUACAAUGCUCGUUAUUAA